UCCCCUAUUAACAACGUUUUAUUUUUCAGAAAAAUCAAAAUGAAACUCCUUGCUGUUUUCGCAACCGUUUUGUUAGCAGUCAAUGCUCUCACCGACAAAGACCAAUGGGUGGCUUUCAAGCAAACCCAUGGAAAAACCUACAAGAGCUUGCUUGAAGAGAGGACUAGAUUCGGAAUAUUCCAGUCCAACCUGAGAAAGAUCGAGGAACACAAUGCCAAGUAUGAUAAGGGAGAAGAGAGUUAUUUCUUGGGUGUCACCCCAUUUGCUGACUUGACCCACGAUGAAUUCAAGGAUAAGCUCAGACGGCAGAUCAAGACCAAACCCAACGUGGAAGCCACACUAGCUGUAUUUCCCGAAGGUCUAGAGGUUCCAGACUCUAUCGAUUGGACUCAAAAAGGAGCUGUCCUCGAUGUUAAAUAUCAAGGAGGUUGUGGUUCGUGCUGGGCUUUCAGUGCGACUGGAGCUUUGGAAGGACAGAAUGCCAUUGUCAAUAAUGUGAAGAUUCCUUUGAGUGAACAGCAGCUAUUGGACUGUUCCAAACCUUACGGUAAUGAUGAUUGCGAACAUGGAGGCCUGAUGAGCUUCGCUUUUGAUUAUGUCCUAGACAAAGGAAUCGAAGCAGAUAGUUCUUACCCGUACAAGGGAAUAGAUACCCCGUGCCAAUACGACGCUAAAAAAACGGUUUUGAAAAUCAAGGGUUACAAAAAUGUCAGCAUCUCAGAAGAAGAACUGAAGAAAGCUGUUGGAACCGUUGGUCCCGUAUCAGUUGCCAUCGAUGCUGACCCAAUUCAACUAUAUUUCGGAGGAAUUCUGGAUGGAUUAUUCUGCACACAUGAUCUGAACCAUGGAGUGCUGGCUGUCGGGUAUGGGGAGGAAGACCAUUUGUUCGGCAAGAAAAAGUUCUGGAAGGUGAAAAACUCCUGGGGAAAAGACUGGGGAGAGCAAGGAUACUUCAGGAUCAAGCGAGAUGCCAAUAACUUAUGCGGUAUCGCUGAUAAAGCUUCUUACCCAAUUCUAUAAACAAGUUUCAAAAAUAAGCUUAUUUCCGAAAUAAAUAUUAUGAUCAAUUA